AUGCCGGGCACGCAGGCGGACGGCGGCCAGACGAGCGCGGCGGACGAGGUCUCGCUCGCUCGCUCCGACGGCAAGGCCCAUCUGCUGCUCGCAGCCUCGGGCUCGGUGGCGACGAUCAAGAUUGUGCAGAUCAUCGAGGGCCUCGGGCGGCACGAGAAUCUCUCGAUCCGACUGGUGCUGACACGCUCGGCCGAGCACUUUCUCGGCGGCCAGUCGCCGGAGCAGCCGACGCUCGCCUCGAUCCGCGGCAUGGCCAACGUCGACGGCGUGUACACGGACGCCGCCGAGUGGACGCGGCCGUGGACGAGGGGCGCGGCCAUCCUGCACAUUGAGAUGCGGCGGUGGGCCGACGUCAUGAUGAUCUGCCCGCUGAGCGCCAACACCAUGGCGAAGAUGGUGGCGGGGCUCUGCGACUCGCUGCUGCUGUCGAUUGUGCGCGCGUGGGACGUCGACGGGUCGGUCGACGGCAGGAGGAAGAAGAUUGUCGUGGCGGCGGCCAUGAACACGGCCAUGUACAGGAACCCCGUGACGGGCCAGCAGCUGCGGACGCUCGAGGAGGACUGGGGCGGCGAGGGCGGCUGGGUCGAGGUGCUGCGGCCCGUGUCCAAGAGGCUCGCGUGCAACGACGUCGGCGAGGGGGCCAUGGUCGGGUGGGAGACGAUUGUGGCCGUCGCCGAGGCCAAGCUCGGUCUCGCGGCCAAGGAAGCAGGCGGAUGA